CUCCAGGAAGUUUUGCAUGCACAGGGAAAAUGAGCAAUAUUUUAAAGUUUUUAACGCUAGUCGGACAGUUAAAAGCUACAAAGCGUACAGGAUGGGUGAAUAGAGAUGUUAAGUCGCCAGAAAGUGUUUCAGACCAUAUGUACCGAAUGUCAAUCAUAUGUUUUUUGCUGGGCAAUCAAGACAGCAACUCWGAUCCCAAACUCAACAAGGACCACUGCAUAAAAGUGGCAUUGGUACAUGACCUUGCUGAAUGUAUAGUAGGAGACCUAACGCCAUCAUGCGGAAUUCCUAAAGAAGAAAAACACCUACAAGAAAAAAAAGCUAUGGAAGAAUUAUCGGCGUUAGCAGGUGGUGAAGCUGGUCGGGAGCUCUAUGAACUCUGGGAAGAAUAUGAAAACCAAUCAACACCAGAAGCAAACUUUGUUAAGGAUGUUGAUCGAUUUGAGAUGAUCUUACAAGCAUUUGAGUACGAGACAGAAGAGAAUCGUACAAAACAGUUGCAGGAAUUUUUUGAUAGUACUCGCGGCAAGUUUAAACACCCAUUAGUCAAAGGUUGGGUGGAAGAACUGUACAAAAUGAGAAAUGGGAGUGGAAAUGAGUAAAAUGAAGGGCAUUAAUUGAA